AUGGCAAGCUCUGACUGGGGAUAUGAUGGUCCAAAUGGUCCUGAACACUGGGGCACAAAAUACCCUAUCGCCAAUGGAAAUAAUCAGUCUCCUAUCGACAUCAAAACCAGUGACGUUAAACAUGAUACUACUAUGAAACCCAUCAGUGUCUCCUACGACCCAGCCACAGCCAAAGAGAUUAUCAAUGUGGGACAUUCAUUCCAUGUAACUUAUGAAGAUAAGGACAACCGAUCAGUGGUGAAAGGCGGCCCUCUCUCUGAAAUCUACAGGCUUGGCCAGUUCCAUUUUCAUUGGGGCAGUGCCAAUGACCAUGGCUCGGAGCACACAGUGGAUGGAACAAAGUUUUCUGGAGAGUUUCAUAUAGUUCACUGGAACUCAGCGAAGUACUCCAGCUUUGCCGAAGCCGCUUCCCAGCCUGAUGGCUUGGCAAUUAUUGGUGCAUUCCUGAAGGUUGGUGAGGCAAACCCAAUUCUACAGAAAGUACUUAAUUCCCUAAGUGCAAUUAAAACUAAGGGAAAACGUGCCCCAUUCACAAAUUUUGACCCUUCUACUCUCCUUCCUUCCUCUCUGGAUUACUGGACAUAUUUUGGUUCUCUGACCCAUCCCCCUCUUUAUGAGAGUGUAACUUGGAUCAUUUGUAAGGAAACCAUAAAUGUCAGCUCUGAACAGCUGGCCCAGUUCCGCAGCCUUCUAUCAAAUGCAGAAGGUGAAAAUGCUGUUCCCAUAAAGCACAACCACCGGCUACCUCAGCCUCUGAAGGGCAGAACAGUGAAAGCUUCAUUCUGA